CGUAUACCAAGAGAACACAACUCUGCUAUUACUCGCCGAAAAACACAAAAAUGAACACAUUUCUUUCUCGGUUAAAUACAAUUUUUGCCUUCACCCUUAGCGUGAUGGCAGGAUUAACUUUUUGUUGUUUUUUGUCUACAGAUUUUAAUUUGAAUCAAGAAAACGUCACAUUAGGAACCGGUAAAGUAUCAGUAAAAGAAGUAAGAGAUUAUUCAGCUGAAAAAGAAAAGAAAGAUUUAGGUUUUAUUGUGUUUGAUUUAAAUGCUGAUCUAACACCUUUAUUUAACUGGAAUGUAAAACAACUGUUUUUAUAUUUAACUGCUGAAUAUGAAACUAAAAGUCAUAAACUAAAUCAAGUUGUUUUAUGGGAUAAGAUCGUUGAGAGAGGUAAUAAUGCUGUGUUUGAUCUGAAGAAUGCCAACACAAAGUAUUAUUUCUGGGAUUAUGCUCAUGGUUUAAAAGGAAACCAGAAUGUAACACUAACAUUAUCUUGGAAUGUAAUACCCAAUGCUGGAAGACUACCAAAAGUUAUGGGAACUGGAUCACAUAGUUUUGUAUUUCCUAAUGAUUAUAGCUCUGGCCGUUUUUAAAUUAAUCAAACAAUUUUCUAGUCUGUAUUCAGUAGAUGUAAAUUUUAAAUGUAUUAUUUGGUCAUUCCAUACCGCUAUAUCACUCACUGUAUUUACUAUGUGCCUGUAUCAUUCUACAUGUCAAUUAAAUUUAUUAAACUUU